AUGUCAUCAUCCCCACUGCCGGUUCCAAGGUCUGCACCGCAGCCCCCUAGUCCUUCUCACUUGGAUCAGUCAGCACAGUCUUCACCGGCACCAUCCUCGACUAUACCGGUCUCUUCCUCGGGCUGCUCAUCUCCUUCAUUGAAGCGUCCACCACCGCCUCCUCCUCCACCACAACGGCACCUUAUGCGGACUCGUGGCUAG